GUCCGUAGUGGCAAGAUGACUACGGAUGAUGCGAAAUCCUAUCUGUCAAAAAGACAGAUCCCUCGACUCUUUGAGUCGUUGAUGACUGGUUUGAUGUACCAUCGACCAACAGACCACAUCAAAUACCUGAUAGAUUGUCUUCAGAAGGUUCAGGAAAAGGGAGGAAACAACAUCACAUGGAGUGCCUUUGUAGACAUACGGCGAACCAAGACACCACUUCCCCCUAUCACACCUCCAGACGGAAAGAAGAGACGGUCUAGACCAUCAUCUAGACAGAAGGAGCCAUCCAAGAUAGAGAAGCAGCAGAGUUUUGAGGAGAAGAAAGCAUCACCCUUACCACCCAUCACUAAGAAUGUUGAUGAUGUGCCUGAUGUUCCUAUCACACUUAUUAUAGGUGGCCCAGGCAGUGGAAAACUCACUCAAGUUAAGUUGUUACAGCAGACAUACCCAGGAUGGGUACAUCUGUCCAUGGGAGACCUCCUGAGGGCACAGAUCACUGAAAAGGGAUCGGCAGAGGACAAGUGGGAUAUGAUUGGAGAUCUUGUCAAUAGAGGAGAGAUGGCUCCAGAGGAGAUCACAGCAGACCUCCUCCUCACCAGCCUAAAGAGUCAUCCCAAAGCCGAAGGUUUCAUACUGGAGGGUUACCCCCGUACAAUCAACCAGCUUAAGCAGUUUGACAAAAUUGUGGGUCGGCUGGAUAUGUCCUUUAUGUUGGACUGUGACGAACACUGCUGUACACAAAGGCUGCUACAGCGGGGCCAGAAGGAGGAGAGACUGCACGACAAUAUAAAUGCGAUACAGCGCCGUCUCACAGCAUUCAAAUGUAACACAUUGCCUGCAGCCAAAGUUCUGGAUGACAGAGGCAAACUCUUUGUGAUAAAUGGAGAUAGAGACAUCAAAGAGGUGGCAUUUGAGCUGAAGCAAUAUUUCACAAGAUCUAUCUUUGGAGACAAAAAUGGAAAGAAGCUGGAACCACCACGAUCCAAUAUUCCUAAUCCCCCUGAAGAUGCAGUUCCCACAGCGGCCACUUACGAACGUCCAUCUGAGGCUAUAGAACGAACAAAAUCACAGAUGAAGGCCAGUAUGAUAGUUGUCAGAGAUGCACCAGAAAUAGUGAUUAAAGAUGAAGGAAGAAAGCCAGAUUUACCCACCUGUCCCAUCAUAGUUCUCGCAGGUGGACCAGGUAGUGGAAAAGGUACCCAAGCUAAGAUGAUCACUGAGCGCUACCCGGGAACAGUCCAUAUAUCUAUGGGGGAUAUUCUCAGGACAGAGAUCAGUCAAAAUGGCACAGUGGAUGAGAAAUGGGGAAUGAUUAGCUCCUUAGUACAAAAAGGAGAAAUGGCACCAGAGGAGGUGACAGUAGAUCUACUUAAAACUAACUUAGCAAAACACAAGGACGCAUCAGCCAUUAUACUUGAAGGCUAUCCUCGCGACAAGUCACAGGUGGAGGAAUUCAAUAAAUAUAUUGGAGGACUAAACUUUGUGCUGUUGGUAGACUGUGAUGAAUAUUACAUGCAGAAAAGACUGGUCGACAGAGGGAAGGAGAAAGACCGAAUUGAUGAUAAUCUCAACGCAAUCUCCAGUAGAAUUUGCUUCUUCCGUAAUAAUACACUACCUAUUUUAAAACACUUUGAUGACAAUGGCAAGCUUGUUGUCCUGCAUGGUGACAGAGAUAGCCAGGCCUUGUUCUUUGAUGUAUCCUGUGUGUUAGAUAGGGCUUUCUUCGGUGAUAAGUUACAGCAGCCUGCUCCGACAUCUGAAGGUCAGGUUGCCGACACAUCAGUGCUGAAGGACACCAAGAUCGUGUUUGUUGUCGGAGGACCUGGCAGUGGAAAGGGAACACAAUGUGAAAGGAUUGUACAACAAUAUGGCUUCACCCAUCUCUCCACUGGUGACCUUCUGAGGGCAGAGGUUGCUUCAGGGUCAGCUAGGGGCAAAGAACUCACAAGUAUCAUGGAGAGUGGACAGCUUGUACCCCUGGAUGUGGUGCUUGAAUUGCUGAAGGAGAAAAUGGUAGCUGCUGCAGCUACCAGCUCUGGUUUCCUAAUCGAUGGCUACCCCCGUGAGAUGGAACAGGGCACCAGGUUUGAAAGUGAGGUGGCCCCUUGUACAUGCGUCCUGUACUUCGAAGCAUCAGAUGAGACGAUGACACAGCGUCUCUUAGGACGUGCCCUCACCAGUGGUCGUGUGGACGAUAAUGAAGAAACCAUCAAAAAGAGGCUAAAGACAUUCCAUGACAUCACAACCCCUGUUGUAGAAUACUUCACACAGCAGGACAAGGUCAAAAAGGUGUCGGCUGAGAAACAAGUGGACGAGGUCUACACUGAUGUCCAGGCUAUAUUUGAUUCACUUGUUCCUGGAAAAGCAGAAUCAGCUCCUAAAGAUAAUGUUCCUGAGACUUCACCACCAGAGGUCACUACUCAAGAGACUGUACCUCUAGAUACCUCCGUUCUCAAGGACACCAAGGUCGUGUUUGUAGUGGGAGGACCUGGCAGUGGAAAGGGAACACAAUGUGAAAGGAUUGUACAACAAUAUGGCUUCACCCACCUCUCCACUGGUGACCUUCUGAGGGCAGAGGUUGCUUCAGGGUCAGCUAGGGGCAAAGAACUCACAAGUAUCAUGGAGAGUGGACAGCUUGUUUCCCUGGAUGUGGUGCUCCAGCUGCUGAAAGAAAAAAUGGUGGCAGCAGCCGCGACCAGCUCCGGCUUCCUGAUUGAUGGUUACCCACGUGAGAUGGAGCAGGGCACCAGAUUUGAAAAUGAGGUAACCCCUUGUACAUGUGUCCUCUACUUCGAAGCAUCAGAUGAGACGAUGACACAGCGUCUCUUAGGACGUGCCCUCACUAGUGGUCGUGUGGACGAUAAUGAAGAAACCAUCAAAAAGAGGCUAAAGACAUUCCAUGACAUCACAACCCCUGUUAUAGAAUACUUCACACAGCAGGACAAGGUCAAAAAGGUAUCAGCAGAGAGGGAUGUAUCAGAUGUGUUCACAGAUGUGCAAGUAAUAUUUGAUGAAAUCACAGGAGCUAAAGGAAAGAAGGAGAGUACGGACGCCGCGCCCAGUCUCAAGGAUGCUAAAGUGAUAUUUGUUGUCGGUGGACCAGGUAGUGGUAAAGGAACACAGUGUGCUAAGAUUGUGGAGAAAUAUGGUUUCUGUCACUUGUCAUCUGGGGAUCUUCUCAGGGCCGAAGUUUCAUCUGGCUCUGACCGCGGCAAACGGCUCAACGAAAUCAUGGAGAAGGGAGAGUUAGUUACUCUGGAUGAAGUACUGGCCCUAUUGAGUAAUGCUAUGAACGCCAAAAUAAGCACUACUAAAUGUUUCCUAAUUGAUGGUUACCCAAGGGAACUAGAGCAGGGCACAAGGUUUGAGAAUGAGAUUGUGGAGUGCACAAACGUACUGUACUUUGAAGUGCCCGAUGAGACUAUGACGGAGAGACUUUUGGAGCGUGGGAAGACGAGUGGACGUGUUGAUGAUAAUGAAGAAACGAUUAAGAAGAGAUUACAAACCUUCCACAAUCAGACGAAACCGGUCGUGGACCACUACGCAUCAAAGGACAAAGUCGUGAAGAUUGUAGCAACAGGAACUGUGGAUGAAAUAUUCGCAGAGGUACAGAAAUUCAUGGACAGCAAAACCUGGUAGUGUUUUAACAACAUGUUACCACAGCAACUGUUGCUAUGGAAAUGAAUAUUGAUAAACAUGUAAAAUAUAUAUGGUGUUUACUUUAUGAAGUAAUGCUGUUGUUUAUAUAAAUAUUCAUGUAUGUAACUGUUUAUUAAUCAGAAAGUAUAAAUGAUAUUCACAAUUUUGUCUUUAGUACGGUUUCUUAUAAGCGUAUCUACUGAAACAGUUUUUGAAAAGUGAAAUUGAAUUCCGUGUUCAUGAUUGUUCUUCUCUUCGUUUUGUUCAAAAGAACGCCAUCCAAUUUUUCUACUACAUAGGAAAUGUAACAAAAACUGUUCACUUGUUCAAAACUAAUGAAACAUACAUGGAUUUUUCAACAAACAAUGAUGUGUUACCUCCAUAUUUAGAUGUAAUACGAAACACAAAUCCAGGAGUCUCAUGUGAACUGAAAACGAGGCAACAAAACAGAGUAAUUUGACUAAUCUGAUAACCUGGGUCAAGCUGUCCUAUAACUACUGAUGUGAACACAACGUGUAUUCCUUAUUUAUUUGGAAAUAUAGAUUUUAUCAAAACUUGUGAAUUAUAUAAUUGACUACAAAAUGCGGACAAUUGUCUCGGGGCGGUCUUUGUUAGCUAUUUUCGUAACAUGUCCUGAUUAAAUGUCGAUAUUUUUAUUAUCACUUCAAAACUGCAAUGGGGGUUUAAAACACACUUUGUUAAUAUUCAGUAUUAGUUAUAACGAUUGCAACGUUGGUAUAAUUUUAGAAAUCAUGGUUAGAUUAUUGUGAACCGGAUUAUAGCACAUGGUGUCCAUAUCAAUCCACUAUUCUCAAAUAACAUUAUACAGAAUGCGUCAUGCGUUCGGUAGUUUUCCCGCUGUCUAAAUUACAAGCUUUGUCAAGCCAUAACUUUUUGAUGUCUUAUCUAUCCACUAUUUUCAAAUAACAUUAUAUAGAAUUAAUGCGUUUGGUAGUUUUCCCGCUGUCUAUAAAUUACAAGCUUUGUCAAGCCAUAACUUUAUGAUGUCUUAAUUCUACUUGUUUAUUGCUCAAUUUUAUACUUUUGUAAAUGAAGUGCCUCUAAUUUGGAUAGGGAUUGUUAUGUCCUUUUGCAAGAGGUAUCAAAAAAGGUCAAAACAACUAAUGUGUGUUUUAAAAAACAGUCUUUGUAAUGUAUUUUUGUGUAGGUUCCUUUCUAUCAAUAUUGUUCUUUUGUGCAAUUUCUUUAGGUUUCAUGAAAAAUCACAUCUUCCCAACUUAUAGUAUAUUGACUUUCUCAGUCAGAAGAGGAGUACAACUGAUCUGUCUUUUUCACGGUUAAGUCAAACAUACAUCAGCUAGUAAAGCUGCAAGAACAUUUCUUCAAAACAAUAAUUUUUAUCAAUAGAUAAAGAAAAUAUGCAAACAUUUCGCUUGGUAGUAUUCCUAAUUAGUAAUUAUGAUCCCGAUGUUUUUAAAAAUAUUAAUUUGUGAUUUAUUUCCUUAAGUUUUAUCUUGCUUUAGACACGUUUCCACUGUGUCGAUCGAACAAUAUUCUAAAUAGCAUCCUCGCCAUUUAUCGUUUUGUUGUACUGUUCAUGCCAACACAGACAGUCACGUGUCAUGUUUAUGCUUUGCGAGACCUUGGUGUCAAACAAUGUACACUUAUGUCAUUAUUGUUACAUCUUUAUGUCCAGCAUAGAUCUUGUGUCAGGUAGUUCUGUUUGUGUUGGUGUGAGCGGGGAUUUAUGUUGUGUUUAUGAUAUCCUUAAGCUGUUGUGAACAGUGCCUUAUGCUGUGAUAGAGGUUUAUUAAAUGCUAUUUUUAUUAUUUUCCGUUAUCCGACAGUAGGAAUGUUGUUACCAAAUUUAUUGUAGUGUUUCCACAGCCUCGGAUUCCAUUAUUGUCAAUACGUUUCUGUGUAUAAAUUUUAUUAAGUAAAUAUAUGUAAACACCUUA